GAGUAUGAAGUGAUAAACUUCUCUGUCCGUUGCGCUCGCUGUACACAGACGGAGAAGAGCAGCUAGGCUGUUUACCAUACUCUUCUGCUGCUCUCCCUACUGCGAUAACAAACAUCUAACAUGCAAACGAUACAAAGACACUAGUUCACAAAGAAAAGAUGGAUGACGUGGCCUCCGCCUCUGUUCUCGCAGGCCCGUCCCAGCCCACGUUUUCACGCCCGACGACUUCCGAGCGUCGGAAACGCAAGUCUGGCACCGCCAACAUCUUUCAGGGAGUAAACCUGAGGCAGCUCAGACGGCUCUUCCAGGCGGCGGGGGACCCAGACCCCGAGCAGAGAGCCCGGAUGGUGUGGGGGAACCGGAGAGCAGCGGGCGGAGAGGACGGAGCAGACGGGGAGGAAGAGGACGAGGACGGAGCGAAUGCGGAGGUGGAGACGGGUUUGGCCCAGGCGCUGGUGGGACUCCGGGUCCGAGCGAGAAACCGAAGUGGCCUCAGGGUGGAGUCCCAUAAAGACACAGGAACAAGAUGGGUGCGAGCGUUCGGCCAUCUCAGAAUCAACGAGGGCUCACUGGGACAGACGUCUGAAGUCAUAACUGGAGAUGAAGAUAAAGACAACGAUGAAGAUGACGAUACAUCUGCUUUGGGAGCCUGUGGGGGGCAGAGCUCUUUUGAGGCUGGAUCAUGUGACCAAGCUGACUUCCUGCCCCCAGAGGAAGAGACUCAGGGGCCCUCGGGUGGCCCCAGAUGGAGCUGGAACGCCGUUCAGGAGAAGGACCCGGAGCGAUACCUGCACCGGAUCCGACACUGAGGCAGCAGAGCGGCAUCCAAUCAGAUUACUGCCUGAGAGACUCGCUGUCACCAUAGAUUUACUUGAAGCCACCGCCUCAAUCAAACACUCGUCUUAAUCCAGCAACAAUCAACACUACAGCACCUGCGGUGGCCAGGACGGGACAUCAGCGAUAAUCCCGCAGGAUUACACUCCUUUUAUACAUUAACACUGUUUACGGGUUUGUGCCAUUCUGACAUCCUCAGACCUGAUCGCACAAUAACAGUCAAACACUAUUAGAAGGAUAGUACACCCAAAAAUGACAGUUGUGUCUUAAUUUACUCACUCGCAUGUCAGAACACAAAAGGAGAUGUUCUUGCUGCUAUUUACUACAAUGACAAUACCAAUCAUUUUUUGGGGCGUGUAUCUCACAAAACCUGUAAGCAACCAUAAAGGCUUAAGCAAUGAGAUUACAUUUUUUUUAUAAAGCAAAUGAAGGCUACCUUAGCACAGUUUCUCAUAAAACAAAUAAACAAAACAUUACUUUCAAUGCAAUAAUGAUACAAUAUUCAUAUUGGAAAAGCAUUUGUGCUAAAAAAAAAAAAUGUAUUUCAGUAAUGAUAAUCACUUUUCAUGCAAGUAGCUGUACUUAAGUGUCUAUGAGUGAAUUGAGGUAUGUAAGCAUAAAAGGACAUAAAAUCACCCCCAAAGCAGUUUUGUAGUUAUUUUUACUGAAAAGAGAAAAUCAUAGUGGUUUGGAACAACAUGUGGGUGAGAAAAUGACAAGAUUCUCUUUUUUGGGUGGUGAUCUGUUCCUUUAAAUGCAUUGAUUGAAGUCUCAUUGACGCUUCCAGAGCACCUUUCAGCACUAUAUAUAUAUAUGUGUAAGGAGCUGAAGAGUUAUUUAAUGAUUUGUCCUUGUAUUUGGUUUCAAAACACUAGUUUCUCAAUAUUCCUCAUCUUCAGGAAGCAUUCUGCCUUCCAGUAAUGUUUAAUGAUCAAUAACUAACAUUAUAAAAUAAUGUAUUUGUAUUUACUGCAGUUCUCUUCAAAUCAUUAGUGUUGUUUUAAAUACACAUAGCUUGUGGUAAUAUGUAAAUGCUGCAUAAGUACUAUCUCCUGUAGAUGUAUGCUGGACACUAUAAGUGUCGAUUAUUUAAUGUCUUCUUCUGUCACUCAGACAGACAGUUACAAGCAAUAUAGAUGAACACAUGUAGCCGAAGUCAAUGAACACUACUACUACAUGCAUAAGAACCAGAGUUGUUUUUCUCCUCGCCAUUAAACUGGAACUUCCAAUUAAACUGGUUUGGAAAUCAA